CACCUGCCCCUGAGGGGCGCGUCUGGUUUACCAGCGGCACAGAGCGCAUUGGUUCCCCACCCCCACCCCUUGUAUCCGUUAGUUUGCUCCUCGCGAAGGUUCGGACCCUAGUAAGUUACAGGUCUGCAAGGCCCUCCUGAACGAGUUUUGAGCACCUGUGUCUGUAUUAGUCUCCAUAAAGUACUAUCUCCGUUGAUAUUUCCACGAAUGGUGUGUAAGAAGAGGGGCGGUUUUCCCACACCGUUGCCAACAUUGAAGAUUUUCAGUCUCUUUAAUUUUUGCCCGAAUGGUUUGUGAAUUUCCCAGACCAGCCGGUGGUGUGGCGAGAAAUCAGCAUUAUUACAUCAGCGCUAAGGAAUGACUCACAGGAUAAACAGACCCAAUUUUUAAGAAGUUUAUUUGAAACUCUUCCGGGUCGAGUCCAGUGUGAAAUGUUACUGAAGGUCACGGAGCAAUGCUUCAACACACUGGAGCGAUCAGAGAUGCUGCUGCUGCUCCUGAGGCGCUUCCCUGAAACUGUGGUGCAACAUGGGGUCGGCCUAGGGGAGGCACUCCUGGAGGCGGAAACCAUUGAAGAGCAAGAAUCUCCGGUUAAUUGCUUUAGAAAGUUAUUUGUUUGUGAUGUCCUUCCUCUCAUAAUCAACAACCACGAUGUUCGAUUGCCUGCCAAUUUGUUAUAUAAGUACUUGAACAAGGCAGCUGAGUUUUAUAUCAAUUACGUCACUCGGUCUACUCAGGUAGAAAGUCAGCAUCAAGGUGCCCAAGAUGCAUCUGACUUGGUGUCACCCAGCAAACGGAGCUCUCAGAAGUACGUCAUAGAAGGGCUGACCGAAAAGUCAUCCCAGAUCGUGGACCCCUGGGAGAGGUUGUUUAAGAUUCUGAAUGUCGUCGGAGUGAGAUGCGAGUGGCAGAUGGACAAAGGAAGACGAAGCUAUAGUGAUAUCCUGCAUAGGAUGAAGGAUCUCUGCAGAUACAUGAAUAACUUUGAUAACGAAGCGCACGCAAAAUACAAAAACCAAGUAGUCUAUUCCACCAUGCUGGUCUUCUUCAGGAACGCAUUCCAGUAUGUCAACAGCAUCCAGCCGUCUCUCUUCCAAGGUCCUAACGCCCCAAGCCAGGUCCCACUGGUUCUUCUCGAAGAUGUCUCUAAUGUCUACGGCGACGUGGAGGUUGACCGCAGUAAACACAUACACAAGAAGAGGAAGCUAGCCGAGGGCCGAGAGAAAACCAUGCAGAGUUCAGACGAUGAGGACUGUUCCAGCAAAGGAAGGAACCGCCACAUUGUCGUCAACAAGGCCGAGCUUGCCAACUCUGUGGAAGUGCUGGAGAGCUUUAAGCUGGCCAGGGAGAGCUGGGAGCUGCUCUACUCCCUGGAGUUCCUUGACAAAGAAUUCACAAGAAUUUGCUUGGCCUGGAAGACAGACACUUGGCUUUGGCUGAGAAUCUUCCUCACCGACAUGACCAUCUACCAGGGUCAGUAUAAAAAGGCCAUCGCCAGCCUGCACCACUUAGCGGCUCUCCAGGGAUCACUUUCGCAGCCCCAGAUCUCGGGCCAGGGCACCUUGGAACAUCAGAGGGCGCUCAUCCAGCUGGCCACCUGCCACUUUGCCCUGGGGGAGUGCAGGAUGACGUGUGAGAAAGUGCUGGAUUUGAUGUGCUACAUGGUGCUCCCCAUCCAGGACGGAGGCAAGCCGCAGGAGGAGCCCUCAAAAGUGAAGCCCAAGUUCAGAAAAGGUUCGGAUCUGAAGCUCCUGCCUUGUACCAGUAAAGCCAUUAUGCCGUACUGCCUGCACUUGAUGUUAGCCUGUUUUAAGCUUCGAGCGUUCACGGACAGUAGGGACGACAUGGCGCUGGGCCACGUGGUGGUCCUGCUUCAGCAGGAGUGGCCGCGGGGCGAGAGCCUCUUUCUGAAAGCCGUCAACAAGAUCUGCCAGCAGGGGAACUUCCAGUACGAGAACUUCUUCAAUUACGUCACAAAUAUUGACAUGCUGGAGGAGUUUGCCUACCUGCGGACUCAGGAAGGCGGGAAGAUUCACCUGGAAUUGCUGCCCAACCAAGGCAUGCUCAUCAAGCCUUCUAGCCCUCCUGUGGGGUUACUGCAGCAGGAAUUCUUACCUGUGCUUCCGCCCAGCAUACAGACUGCUGACAGGCACCACACGGUCACUCGAGGCAUCACCAAAGGCGUGAAGGAGGAUUUCCGGCUGGCCAUGGAGCGCCAGGUCUCCCGCUGUGGGGAGAACUUGAUGGUGGUGCUGCACAGGUUCUGCAUCAACGAGAAGAUCCUGCUCCUGCAGACUCUGAGCUGACCGGAGGCCUGCCCACCACCCAGCCCGCCGCCGCUCAGCGGUGAGAUUCGCUGCUGCCACUCUUGAAAAAAAGAACAUCCGGGUUCUCUCUGGUGGCUUCAGAGUAGUUCCCACGAGUCUGAGACGCUAUUUCUAUUUUUAAGAGUUAUUUUUUUGUAAUUUUUGUAAAGCAAAAGAAUCGACCUGUUUUGUAAAUAAAACCACUGUGCUAAAAUUC